CGGGAUAUCGUCGCUGUGGAGUCGGUGCAGGCAGUGGUGGCUGCAGUGGUGGGACACUGGCACACUGGCACAGUCAAAGCCCGAUCCACGCCCUCCGCCAAAUCUUGGCUUUUCGCUCCCAUCGUCCAACACAAACGGACGACACCAUGUCUCCCACUCCGCAAGGAGUCACCGUUGUCCUCGGAUCCCAGUGGGGAGACGAGGGCAAGGGCAAGCUCGUCGACAUCCUCGCUGCCGAGGCCGACGUCUGCGCCCGCUGCGCAGGCGGCAACAAUGCCGGCCACACCAUUGUCGUCAAGAACGACAAGGGCGAGAAGGUUUCCUAUGCUUUCAACCUGCUGCCGUCGGGCCUGAUCAACCCCACCGUCCAGGCGUUCAUCGGCUCGGGCGUCGUGGUCCACGUCCCGUCCCUCUUCAACGAGCUCGACACGCUCGAGCGCAAGGGGCUCAAGGUCGCCGACCGCCUCUUCGUCUCGGACCGCGCCCACCUCGUCCUCGGCUUCCACCAGAUCGUGGACGGCCUCAAGGAGAUUGAGCUCGGCGGGUCGUCGAUCGGCACCACCAAGAAGGGCAUCGGACCCGCGUACUCGUCCAAGGCGUCGCGCUCCGGCCUCCGCGUGCACCACCUCUACGACCCCUCGUUCCCCGCCAAGUUCCGCAAGCUCGUCGAGGGCCGUUUCAAGCGUUACGGCCACUUUGAGUUUGACACCGAGGGCGAGAUUGAGAUGCUGCAGGCGUUUGCCGAGCGCCUCCGCCCCCACAUUGUCGACGGCCCCACCUGGCUGCACAACAAGAUUGCUGCCGGCAAGCGCAUCCUCGUCGAGGGCGCCAACGCCCUCAUGCUCGACAUUGACUACGGCACGUACCCCUUCGUGACGUCGUCGUCGACCACCAUUGGCGGCGUGUGCACCGGCCUCGGCAUCCCGCCGUUCGCCAUCAAGCGCGCCGUGGGUGUGGUCAAGGCCUACACUACCCGUGUCGGCGGUGGCCCCUUCCCCACCGAGCAGCUCAACGACGUCGGCACCACCCUCCAGGAGGUUGGCGCCGAGUACGGCACCGUCACUGGCCGCCGCCGCCGCUGUGGCUGGCUCGACCUGGUCGUGUGCAAGUACUCGACCCUGAUCAACGGCUACACGUCGAUCAACCUCACCAAGCUCGAUGUUCUUGACGGCUUUGAGGAGAUCAAGAUUGCCACCGCCUACAAGGUCGACGGCGUCGAGAUUGACGGCUUCCCCGCCGACCUCGACCGCCUCGCCCAGGUCGAGGUCGUCUACAAGACCCUCCCCGGCUGGAAGACUGACAUUACCAACAUUGGCAAGUUUGAGGACCUCCCCCAGAACUGCAAGGACUACGUCAAGUUCAUCGAGGACUUCCUUGGCGUCAAGAUUCAGUACAUUGGUACCGGUCCCGCCCGCGAGAGCACCAUCACCGUGUUCUAAGUUAAGCGGAAGGAGCGGGGAAAACGGCCGAGGGUGCUGCUGCUACCCGAGGCUCGAGUCGUCGUAGAGGAUCUGAUGCAAGUGUCAUGCUGCUG